AUGGCCAGCGCGUUCACCAAAUUGUUUCUGCCAUCGCAUCGCAAGCGUUCCUCAAACACCUCCUCUGCGCGUCGUCAGGAAGCUUCUCGUUCUCGCUUCUCUACCUCGUCCACCUUCGAUCUCAGGCAUUCUAUCCCGGAAGAAUCCACUCCUUCUGCCGAGGCGACCGUUCCAAGCUUCCAAUCUACAAGCACACUCACUGUACAGCAUCUCAACGAUCAUGUCUCGGCACCCAUAAGCGAUGCUACCUUGCGUCGAAGAUCUCUGGCCAUCGAAGCCGGUCGUUCAUCCUCAAAGGACUUCCAACGCCCCUUUCUUCCUCAUUCCUAUAGCGCCCAAGACGUCACAUCUCCCCUCGACUCUAACACCGAUGCUGAAGCUGCAUAUCCGACCUCUAGCGGAUCAUCGCCUCCUCCGCCAAUAGAUGACGAUGAUGACAUCGACUCCAACCAACUCUUCCUCCAGCUUUCCGAGGAUCCCCGUCUAGCCAAUGAUUGGAACAUUGCCAGCUUGACCGUCAUACCGCUCGCACGCACGCUCAACCAUCAUCACGCUUUGCACAAGGAGGACCUCCUUGACCCACACUUCAUCGCACUCCAUGCCUUUGCGCCUUCCAAGCUAUACAAGCAUCAAUUCGUGUCUGUUCGCUCACUGGCUCAGUCUUCAGCCUCGACGGAUAAAACUGCAGAUGGAUAUGACUGGAGCCAUGUCACCCUCACUGCUACCAUUGGGUCCGACCAGAAGUCGGUCAGCAUCACCGAGACUGUUCACGCACCAUCUUCGACUACCGAUGCCGGCGACACGAGUGCGAGUAUAAGCAUCCCUUCUGCCACAACAAAGAGGAAAGUCAACAUUGCAAGCGAGAUCACCAUCUAUCGCACCCAGCCAAAACCUGCCCCUGCGGCUUCUUCCGCCGAGUCCGCCUUUCAGGUCACCAGCCGGCCCUCUCAAACGAAGGAUGGCAUCUCCACAAGCACAAAAGUACGCGUGGUCUCCGUUGAGCUUCCCAUCGUACAUCGUCGAAUUCCAAGCGCUGGCGCUUCGUCCUCACAUGACAUGCCUGCUGAGCAAAGUUCUCGGCCUUCAGAUACCCAAGAAGUGGAAAGCACCGCGUCUAUCUCAGAUCUCAUUCUGGACCACAUACCUCCCAAGCGCCUUUUCGCACAAGAUCUUUUCAUCCUUGCGCAGCCAUCAGCAUCUUCUCCCCGUCUAUCUGAUGCACUCUCAAACGCUUUUGAUGUGCUAUUCUCCGCCGCACACCAGUUCACUGCAUCCUUCGUUUACGUCAAAGGCUUCGACAGCUACAAUGCCCAUCGUAUCCGCAGAGGCAUCUGGUUCAAGGCCUGGAAGGCUUUCGAGGAGCGAAUCGGCUCCGAGCACGUUGCACGUCUCAGCGUCGAGGCUUUUCACCGCAUCAAGUCACUGCUUGAGAAUGUCGUCAUGGGUCUAGUCCAUACCAAGAUGUACGGUCCUAUCCAGGAUCAGCUCUUGGAUGCCGAUCUUGUCACCGACGACGUGCUCAAUGUCUAUAAUGCAUCCAGUAUUAGCCUCGCCGAUUUUGGUGUUCAGAACUUUGCGAUAAAGCAACGUCCUUCGCGGCUGGCAGACGCCAUUGCAGCUCUAAGUCGAGGCCUUCGCGAUGAUGAUGGCGCUGGCAUAGACGAAGCACUCGCCAGCGGCCAUAUCGACAUACUCAAGUCCAAGCUGUACGCCUCACGCACUCCAUCGGCCUCAGAGGAGCAGCCGGGCCCAUCCGAAUGCAUACAAACCAACUUGGGACUCAUCCAACCUUCAAGAGCGCAAGGUGCAAAUGACAUUGCUGACACUGAUCUGCAUCGUCGCACCCCGCUUCAGAUCCUGCAAACCCUUCGAGCUGUCAUCGAUGAGAUCGGUUGGGCGGCGGAACGACUUCAUCAGUCUUCGAUAAGAGGCUCAUCGUCACAACAGGAGAGACCUCUGCCGCUGGGCACCGACGAUCUAUUGCCAAUCCUGAGCUUCCUCUUCGUUCGAGCUCGACCUAGUCGAUUGUGCAGCAUGCUCUACUACGCACGAGCUUUCCAACUCACCGACACAGCCACUUCGCCGGAGCUGCAAUGGGCGCUUGUCACUUGCGAUGCUGUUAUCGCCUACCUUAGGACUGAUCCACUCCGCUUAUGUCGGCGCAGAUCCAGUAGCAGCAUCCUUGUUGAGCCGCUGCUGCACACGGGCUCUCAGUCACGAUCAGCGUCGAGUAGCAACAACAACGACGUUCUCUUCGCGCGGUCGAUGUCGCCCCGUUCUCGCCAGGGUUCUGCUGCGGGCUCAUCGCUGCAAGCGACCGCUGUCAUGGCACCUUCUCCUUCGGCUCUCGACAGCUCUUCGACCAUCGAAGCCACUCCGCCGCAGUCGCCACGGUCACCAUACUUGCCAGUCGACGUGGGAGGCGACUACCUUCCCGCCAGUGGCAGCAACUCGUACUUCCAGCAGCGUCUUGGCGAUGUCUCAGCUGAGCACGGUGCCUAUGCUUCAUCCGAGUCAAGUCCACCCCUACAAGCCGAAGGUUUCAAGCUACCUGGUCUACCAGCUAGCGUAUCUUCACGAUGCAAUAGCCGUAUCUUGCAACAACGUCCUACCUCUGUCUUUUCGCUCAGCGAAGACGGCGAUGCUAUUAGCCUUGGCCCGGAUGUGUCGGUGGAAGCGCUCGAUCGUCGACUGUCAACAUCAGCAGCUAUGACAGCAGCAGCGACACAACAGAGCCCAAGUCGCCGAGUGAGCAUGCGCGAACGUAGCUUUUCAUCUUCUUCCAGCUCGACGACGCACAACGACGUUCAGAUUCGACCACAGAUUGUUCGCACUAUCAAGCGGUCUCAAGCUGGCAGUAUCUAUACUAGCAACCGGCUGGAGAGAACAAGUAGCAAUGGCAGCAAUGCUAGCAGCAGCAAUGUUCAUGUGCGUGUCGUCGGCUCGCCGUCGCUGCGGGCAAGGGAGGCAAUGUCGGGUCGAGAUUCGCCUCUGAUCAACGCUUCUCCUCCCAAAACAGAUCGGCGGAGGAGCUUUGAUUCCUGGACUGCGUUUUCACUUUUCUCCUCAACUGCCCCGCAGAGUGCGGCCAAUAUCACUCAACAUCCGAACGUGGGUGUUGACAGUGAUACGACUUCAGGUACUAGAUUCAACCAGACUGCCAGAUCCCGGAGCAAAGCGGACAACGCCACAGACGCAUCUGCAACAUCUGCUGGCUCCACAGGCACUGCAGGUUCAUCAGGAUGGCUCUCUUGGGGCAUAGAUGCAAUCAGCAGCACCAGUCGACGCAACUCUGUCUCCACCGCUACUACCACCUCGCGAGCUCCUUCAGCCUUCCUUAGCCGUGUCUCUUCUACCACCACCACAACAACCGGACCCGAAGACGACGUCAACUGUCAGCCAGAGGGGGUCGAAACUCCCAUUCCUCCCACAAAGGCUCUUCACGAAAGCACUAACUCCUCCCGUCCUUCAACUGCUGAUCUUAGCAGCCUUGAAUGGCCUUCCGCUCCUGAUGCCGACAUUAAUAAAGAAGAGAGUGGUGCAGGGAUGACUUCCCUCCCGAGUACAGUCAGAUCUAAGGGGAGGUAUAGAGGUCGAUUUCUUUCCACUUCUUCAGCCACACUUGCUGGAUCAGCGGAACCACUACGUCCGCAGAUCGAUCGCUCUUCUACUUGUUCUGCUGAUUUAGCUCGUCCUGGAUCGAAGCAAAGACAGAGUGUGGGGUCGUUGGAUGCACUGCGUGCUACACUUGAUUCGAGUCCUGCGAUGUCUUCUGGAGCUUUCGCGCUUAAAGAUUUUGGAGGGAGAAGGGAAGAGCUAGAGGAGGAGGUGCCAGAGAUGAUUCCGUAUGGUAGAGAUCCACUCGCGUUGUUUGGGAAUCUGGAAGUGCCAAGUCCCGUAGCAGAACAACCUGGAUCGAGGGAACGGACUGUACCGAAUACGCCUACUCCUUUUUCUUCUGGAAUGACUUUGACUUCGAAGGGGAGUGUUUCCUUGCUGGACGAGUGA